GCGGGCAUCUCCGAACUCAAAGAAAGUUCGGAAACUUGGAGUGAGCUUAGAGAAUUAGUCUUAUAUUUUAUCAUGUCUAAUCUAAGUGUAACUCCAAAUAAGAUCCGGAAGGUCGACCCCGUUGACGGAGCACAAAAUUCGCAUUCCGAUCAGCAAGAAAUCAUCGAAGAAAUCAAUGCUGUACAGAAUCAAAUCGACGCACUAAAUGAGCAAGCGUCCGAGGAGAUUUUAAAAGUUGAGCAGAAGUACAACCGACUUCGAAAACCACACUUUGAACAGAGAACGGACCUCACGAAAAAGAUACCAAACUUCUGGAUGACGGUUUUUAUAAAUCAUCCACAGAUGCAGUUGUAUAUAGAUGAGGAAGACGAGGAAGCUUUGCAAUACAUGACAUCCUUAGAAGUUGAAGAAUUUGAAGAUAUUAAGUCUGGCUACAGAAUAAAAUUUGACCUCACUGAGCGAUACAGGAGGCAAAGAAGAACAAAACUAGAAAUAAUGAAAGGGGAAGAACCACAAAGUUUUUUCAGGUGGUUCACAAAUCAAGAGUCUGGAGAUGAGUUAGGAGACACAAUUAAAGAUGACAUAUGGCCAAACCCUCUGCAAUAUUUCUUGGGUUCCACAAGUGGAAUUCAGGAAGAGGAUGAAGAUGAUGAUGAUGAUGUUGACGAUGACGAGUCAGAAGAUCAGGAUGAUGUCGUAGUUGUGGAGGAAGAAGAUGAAGAUGAUUUGGGUGAUGAAGGGGAAGGAGAAGAUGAUGAUGAAGAAGACGACGAAGAUGAUGACGAUGAAGAAGAGGAGGAAGUGGUUGUUGAAGAGGGAGAAGAAGAGGAAUUGGCAGAAGGGCAGGAAGGGGAGACACCUGUUGUGUAUGAGCUGGAGGAAGAGGAUGAUGAUGGUGAUGAGGAAGCAGAGCAAGGGGAGGAAGCCCUUCUCGAGGGAGAAGAAGACGAAGAGGAUGUGGAGGAGGACGAAGGAGUUGAACAAGAGGAUGAUGACGAGGGAGAUGAAGGGGAAGAAGAAGAAGAAGAUGACAGCAAGACAGAAGAAUAACAACGUUACAUUUCUACCUUUGUGUAAUCAAGAUAUCGUGUUCAAGUCAUCCACUAAAUUGUGGAUGUUUGACCUUGACACUCGAGUGAAACAUCCAAGUUUCUCUCCUACUGAAGUUACACUGUGAGAGUGCUUUCCAGUCCUCAAUCAAAAACUUAUUGUUUUACAAAAUUCAUAUUUUUUAUAUGCGCUUUAUCACUUCAUUUAUUUCCAUUCACAGGUUUGCAUGACUCAUUGUGUGAUGCCAAGUGUCACACUUGUUAGUCUUUGGUAGGUUUGUCGGAUGGCAUACCUUCGCCCUUCUUCUAUUUCUCGAAUUCAUUGCCCUAUUGACGCAAGUUUAUCCUUAUUAAGGAAUACCUGUUGAAUUUUCGGGCUAUGGAUCGCUGAUUUCUGAUUGUUCAUCCCGAAUUAAAAACCCAUGUAGAUAGAAGGUGAUUAUCGAAGGUAUGUGUGUAAUCAAAGAGAUGUUUCUCACGAAGGUUGUAUGUAUGCUAUCUCAGGGCUACGCAUGUAAUCCCAAAGAUAUUUACGUUAUCCACAGAUACAUACGGGGACAUGCGUAGUCCUAAACUUGUGACGUAAUGUGCUCACAGCAUUUAUAGAAUGCGGGAGGUCCUUAAAUUCAGAGAAAGGCUUUUUUAAAAAAGUUGUCAUUAUUUACCCAAACGUUGAUCCUAAGUGAUAGUCACUCGACAUAUUGUCGCUGUAACGGUUUUUGUAAAAUUGUACCACUUCAAGUCACCAAGUCUACCUACGCACAAAGAAACUCGCAAGCCAAUCUGGAUGUAAGGCAAACGGAGGAAAACGAAUAAACGACGAGGACAGAUAAAUAGAGAGUGGCUUAAAGAAAAUAAAACGAAAAUGUAUCAGACAGGUACUAAAAAGUUAUCAGGCUUAACCUACUUAUUGGUUAAACGCCUGCGCAUGUGUGAACAUUGUAGCGACUUGGUGGCGUGGUUUUAGGCUGUCAGAACCAAGUUGUCUUACACGAGUUACAAACAACCGCAAAAGCCAGGAAGUCGGGGUGGUUUAGAAGCGGAAAACUGUAUGUUAAAUCAACAUGAUACUCAUACUUGGUGAAGCUUUGUGUUCGAGAAGUCUUGAAUUUUCAUUUUCCCAAUUUUUGUCUCCUCUAAAGGUUUCUAAACGAAUGCGAUUUUUCCUAUGUUUUCCUUUAAAGUUUUGCGCGGGAAUUUGGCGCGCGGCUGGGCAGGAGUAAUCCCCUCGCGCAUGCUCGACGUUUGACUGCUGUGUUAGCUUAACCUUGCUUUCAAUUGGUCUGUUAAUCAUCUGAUCUAUUAGAUUAGACCGCUGGGUUUCUGUUGUCAAUGUUGGUCGUCACUCCUGGCACUCUAAGUUCGUUUGCCAGUCUUGCAAUUUGUCAGACUCGUUUAACGACCGGUACCUCCCCCUUAAAAAGCAUCAUAAGAAAGGAUGAUAUGAGGUUGAUACUUGCAAAUCUUCUGAAAUCCUGUUAAGUUGAACGAUAGAAUAGUAUUCCUUUGCCCUUUUAACGGUAUUGCAAGCACUGACUUUUCUCUCUGAAGGGUUAGCGAUAAAUCAUGAUUUUCAUUGUUCAAAAGAGGAAUCUCAAAUCUUCCAAUCAGACUUUUUGCACUUUCAUCGUGUGAUUGCCGUAAUUUAUUGCAAACUGUUUAUCAUUUGAUUGUAAUAAAGGUUUUUAAGUACAA